AUGGUGAAGUUCUCCUUGGACGAAAUACGCGGUCUAAUGGAUCAGCGGCGCAACAUACGCAACAUUUGUGUGAUUGCGCAUAUUGACCAUGGCAAGUCCACGUUGACGGACUCACUAGUGUCCAAGGCGGGCAUCAUAGCAGGGGCCAAGGCGGGCGCUAUGCGUUUUACGGACACGCGCAAGGACGAACAAGAGCGCUGCAUUACGAUCAAAUCAACCGCCAUCACCAUGUACUUUGAGCUUAACAAAAAGGACUUGUGCUUUAUAACGCAGGCCGAUCAAUGUGAGCCCAAUACAAAUGGUUUUCUAAUCAAUCUGAUUGACUCACCCGGUCAUGUCGACUUCUCCUCGGAGGUUACGGCUGCCUUGCGUGUGACCGAUGGUGCGCUGGUCGUAGUGGACUGCGUUUCCGGUGUUUGUGUUCAAACGGAAACGGUACUCCGUCAGGCUAUUGCGGAGCGCAUCAAGCCCAUACUGUUUCUCAAUAAAAUGGAUCGGGCACUGCUUGAGCUGCAGUUGGAUGCGGAGCAACUCUAUUUAACGUUUCAGCGCAUUGUGGAGACAGUCAAUCUUAUUAUAAGCACAUACAAUGAUGAUAGCGGUCCCAUGGGUGAGGUAUACGUGGACGUGGCCAAGGGCUCAGUGGGCUUUGGCUCCGGACUGCGACUUAAACAAUUUGCCGAAAUGUAUGCGGACAAAUUCAAGAUCGACGUGGGCAAGCUGAUGAAGCGCUUAUGGGGCAGCAACUUCUUCAAUACGGCAACACGCAAAUGGCAAAAGCACAAGGACUCGUCCAGCAAGCGCUCGUUCUGUUUAUACGUUCUCGAUCCCAUUUACAAAGUGUUCGAUGCCAUUAUGAACUAUAAAACCGACGAGGUCACGGUGCUACUGCAGAAGCUUGGCGUCCAGCUGCUGCCAGAGGAGGAAGAACAGCAAGGAAAGGAGCUGCUUAAGACCGUAAUGCGCCGUUGGCUGCCGGCGGGUGAGACCUUGCUGCAGAUGAUUGCCAUACAUUUGCCCUCGCCAGUGGUGGCGCAGAGCUAUCGCAUGGAAUUGCUCUAUGAGGGCCCCAAUGAUGAUGAGGCAGCAUUGGCCAUCAAGAGCUGUAAUGCUCAGGCGCCGCUCAUUAUGUACGUUUCCAAAAUGGUGCCCACCACAGAUGUGGGACGUUUUUAUGCCUUUGGACGUGUGUUUGCCGGCAAGGUAGCGACGGGACAGAAAUGUCGCCUGCUGGGACCCAACUAUGUGCCUGGCAAGAAGGAGGAUGUCUGCGAGAAAUCCAUACAGCGCACCGUGCUGAUGAUGGGACGCACUGUGGAGGCUAUUGAAGAUGUGCCGGCGGGCAAUAUCUGCGGUUUGGUGGGUGUAGAUCAGUUCCUGGUCAAGACGGGUACCAUAACUACCUUCAAGGAUGCGCACAACAUGAAGCUGAUGAAGUUCUCUGUUUCGCCUGUGGUGCGUGUUGCUGUGGAGCCAAAGAAUCCUGCAGAUCUGCCCAAGCUGGUCAUCGGACUUAAGCGUUUGGCAAAGUCUGAUCCCAUGGUGCAAUGCAUCAUUGAGGAAUCUGGUGAACAUAUAAUAGCCGGCGCCGGUGAGUUGCAUUUAGAAAUCUGUAUUAAGGAUUUGGAAGAAGAUCAUGCAUGCAUACCAUUGAAAACAUCUGAUCCUUUGGUCUCCUACCGAGAAACCGUGCUGCAGCUGUCCAGUCAGCCGUGUCUCUCCAAGUCGCGCAACAAGCACAAUCGUCUAACAAUGCAGGCGCAGCCGCUGCCCGAUGGUUUGGCCGAGGAAAUUGACAGUGGCGCGGUAAGCUCUAGACAGGAUUACAAGCAGCGAGCACGCUAUAUGAGCGAGAAAUAUGCCUACGAUGUAACCGAGGCGCGCAAGAUCUGGUGCUUUGGUCCUGAGUGCACUGGACCCAACAUGAUUGUGGACUGCACCAAAUCCGUGCAGUAUUUGAAUGAGAUUAAGGAUUCGGUUGUGGCUGGCUUUCAGUGGGCGACUAAGGAAGGCGUCUUGGCUGAGGAAAAUUUGCGCGGCGUGCGAUUCGAUAUUAACGAUGUGGUUGUGCAUGCCGAUGCUGUGCACCGCAGUGGCAGCCAGCUUAUACCCACCACACGCCGAUGUCUGUACGCCAGUUGCAUAACGGCCAAUCCGCGUCUGCUGGAGCCUGUCUAUCUGUGCGAGAUCCAGUGCCAUAAUCUGGCUGUGGGUGGCAUACACAAAGUGUUGAGCCGUCGCAGAGGACAUGUGUUUGACGAGAGCCCCGUGCCAGGCACGCCCAUGUAUAUUGUCAAAUCGUAUUUGCCCGUAAACGAAUCGUUUGGCUUCACAGCCGAACUGCGUACAAAUACUAGAGGGCAGGCAUUCCCCCAGUGCGUCUUUGAUCACUGGCAGCUAUUACCCGGUGAUCCUUGCGAGCUCAACAGCAAACCUUAUCAAAUUGUGCAGGAUACACGUUUACGAAAAGCACUAAAACCGGGUUUGCCAGACUUAUCGCAAUACUUGGACAAAUUGUAAACAGUUUAUAACA